AUGUCACCAUUGUCCGCCCAAGAUACCUCAAACAUCAGCUCAUUAAUGGCCCCCACUUUUCUAUUAGUGGGCCUGCCUGGCCUGGAAGCUGCACCAUCCUGGUGGUCAGUGCCUCUCAUCACUAUCUACCUUCUCUCUGCCUUUGGCAAUGGUACAAUCCUCUGGAUCAUUGCCCUGGAGCCCACAUUGCAUCGACCAAUGUACUUCUUCCUCUUCUUGCUUAGUGUGUCUGAUGUUGGCUUGGCCACCGUGUUAAUGCCCACCCUGCUAGGCCUGGCCUUUGCUGAUGCUCACACUGUCCCUGCCUCAGCCUGCCUUCUACAGAUGUUCUUUAUCCAUGUCUUUUCUGUCAUGGAGUCCUCUGUCUUGCUCGCCAUGGCCUUCGAUCGGGCAGUAGCCAUCUGCCGCCCUCUCCACUACCCAGUGAUCCUCACCAAUGGUGUCAUUAGCAAGAUUGCCGUAGCCAUUGCUUUCCGAUGCUUGAGUCUCCAUCUGCCCCUGCCAAUCCUGUUGGCUCGCAUGCCAUAUUGCCGUCCACAGGUCCUGACACAUUCUUACUGCCUGCACCCAGAUAUGGCUCGCCUAGCUUGCCCAGAAGCAUGGGGUGCGGUCUACAGCCUGGUUGUGGUACUGUCAGCAAUGGUACUAGACCCUCUGCUGAUUUUCUUCUCCUAUGGGCUGAUUGGGAGAGCACUGCAAGGUGUGGGAUCUGCUGAGGACCGCUGGAAGGCUGGGCAAACGUGUGCUGCUCACCUCUCUGCUGUGCUUCUCUUCUACAUACCCAUGAUUCUCUUGGCACUCAUUGACAGAUUCAAGCUGCCACUCCCUCCGCCUGCUCACACGCUCCUCUCCUAUGUCCACUUCCUGCUCCCUCCACUGAUGAACCCAGUUCUCUACAGUGUCAAGAUGAAGGAGAUUAGAGAAAAAAUUCUCAAGAGGUUACUACCCACAAAGGUGGGCUGUGCUUAG